ACUAGUACACUGUACAGUUGUACUCGUACCACCAUACUACGCUGUACUACUCUAGAGUGCCGUAGAAUUGCCAGCCAGACAAACAACUUCAAAAGCAGCAAACAAACAAACAAACAAAGGUUGAAAUGUUUGUUCCACAACCCACAUAACAUUGUUGCUGAGAGCAUGCUUUACGGUGCUUUGACACUUUGUGCACUUUUAAUUUGUGAUCCAUUGAAACAUGUUCCACGAACCUCCUGAACAGACUUCACCCCACUUCCGUUCUUUUGCAAAGAAGUGGGGCUGAUCCGAUGGAUCUUGAUCGAUCUUUGGCCAUAUGUCUUUCCGUUGGGCUACGAAAGAAUUAGUAAGGAGGCCGAGUUCCUUCGUUCCUUCUGUCACACUUCAAGCUAAAGAGUGACACAUCCCAUGUUGUCAGUCAAUUUUCGCCUCUGCGAAAUAUCCUAGCUCUUUCGCCGUUGCUUCCCACUUCCCACGAUAAUGGCAUCACUUGUAGUUGCCCUUGCACUCACUGAAACAUCGAAUACCGAUUCUUACAACCAGCUCCAUCUCAUCUAAAGGUGCGUCGUACAGAUCAAUACAGUCAGUACCAGAAGAUACCAGAUACCUUGAAAAAGAAGGCGGGAUGAUCGUGUCAGUGCCCAAUAAAUCAAUACUGAGCAGGGGAUCUUCGGAAGCAAGAGAUCUCAUAAAUUUCUAAUUCUGGCUCCCAAAAAGCAACAGCCAAAAGCCAAAGCAGGUUUUUAUUAACAAUACUACUUUUUUAACAAAGAAAGAUCGACAACAUGGGCCUCAAGGAAAAUCUCGUUGGCGACCCUGAACGCUAUGAUUACUCAUCCAUGUGCAUGCCCAACAACCCAUGGUCCACGGCGCCGAAGAAGAAGUUGAACUUUUAUGCCAAGGAUGAAAAAAUUCCAAUUCUCCUGGCUCUUGUUAUGGGGUUGCAGCACGCCUUUGCCAUGGUGGGAGGGCUUGUCACUCCUCCCCUUGUGGUCUUCAAGUUUUCUGUGGACUUUAUGGAUCAGGACCUCCAGCAGUAUGCCAUCGCUGCUGCCCUCAUCACAUCCGGUAUCUGCUCCUUCAUCAAUAUUAUGAAACUUCCCAUCCCCUUCACCCAGCAGAUCUUUGGUCGCCAGAUGUUUUUGGGUAGUGGUGUGCUCUCUGUCAUGGGUACCUCAUUCACCUUUUUGCCCAUUUACGAGAUUGCUAUCCAACAAAUGAAGGAUGAUGGAAUUGAUGGACGCGAUGCCUAUGGAAAGAUGUUGGGAACCACCAUGCUCUGCUGUCUCCUCGAACUGUUCUUCUCGGUCGUUCCUGUCCGAUACAUCAAGCGCAUCUUCCCCCCAAUUGUCACUGCCAUUACUGUCAUCCUUAUUGGUGUUGCCUUGAUUGGAACUGGUAUGAAGUAUUGGGGAGGUGGUGUUGUCUGCGCUGAGAUGGGCUGGAAAGAGCACGCCCACAUUACCAACUAUGACCCUCCACUCAGCUUCCCUCCUCCUUUUCCAACGUGUGCAAAUGGUGAGGUCGAGCUUGGUUACGGAAGCCCCGAAUAUAUUGGCUUGGGUUUCUCGGUCAUGGUUGGACUUGUCUUUAUUGAGAUCUUUGGAAGCACUUUCAUGAAGAAUUGCAACGUCUUCCUCGCACUUCUCUUCGGAUACUUUGUUGCUGGAGUGUCCAGCCAUGAUGGAUACAGCUACGUGGACAGUGAUGCCAUCAAAAACGCCAACCCCAUCACUUUCCUCUGGGUGGAAACCUUCCCCAUUGGAUUCUACGGACCUGCCGUCAUCCCACUCUUGAUUGCUUACUUGGUGACAACUGUUGAAACCAUUGGGGAUCUCACAGCCGUCUAUGAAGUCAGUGAGCUCGACACCGAAGGCGAAGAAUACCAAGAAUCCAUUCAAGGAGGACUGACCGCUGAUGCCAUCGGUUCCAUCUUGGCCUCUCUCUUCACAACCCUACCCAACACAACCUUCAGCCAAAACAAUGGAGUCAUUGCAUUGACCAAGUGCGCUUCCAGGAGGGCUGGAUUGGCUUGUGGAAUGUGGCUCGUCUUCAUGGGAGUGUUCAGCAAGAUUGCCGGAAUCAUUACGAGCAUUCCGGACGCUGUGCUUGGAGGUAUGACAAUCUUCCUUUUCGCCAACGUCUUGGCCUCUGGUAUUGCUUUGGCUUCCACUUUGGACCUUCACAGCCGCCGAGUCAAGUUCAUCAUGGCUUUGAGUCUAGCCAUUGGUGUCGGUGUCACUGUUUGGCCUUUUGCCUUCUUGGAUAUGAGAGGAAGUAGUUACACUGCAAACUUCUGGCAAUGCGCUGACUGCUCUGAGACACUGAAAGGCUUGCGCAAUGGAGUUUCCAUCUUCCUUUCCACCGGAUACUGCGUUGGCACCGUUGCUGCCAUGUUUUUGAAUGCCAUCCUCCCCGCAGAUGCUGGAGUGAACAUGGGACACGGCGAUGACGAAGAUGCUAUCGUUUCUGAUGAGACAAACAAGGCAGGACAGGUUGUGGAGGACGAAGCGUCUGAAGUCGCAACGGAUGAUGUUGAAGCUAUCAAGCGUGAUAUCAGCGAUGCUGAAGUGAAUGAAGUCUCGGCCUAGAGAGAGUGUGCGGCUGUGUGCUGCCCCGGAUAUGAGAUAGCUGCUGGGCCAGCUGAUUCUAUCCGAGUUUCGUGUUUUUUCAAGUUUUGACCUGUAUCCAUAAAUUUUACUUUUAGGACAAAUAAUUUUGCAUUG